AUGUCAUCUCGCCCCAGAGCGGGCCGGGGCACGACUGGCCGGGAUGGUACAGAAGUCCUUGAAAAUGAUCUGCUUAACCGGACUCUCGAGAGUCUCCGAAAGGUCAAAGAGUAUAACGACAAGCAAAAGGACCUCGGGGACGACAUUAUGUCUCUUGAAGGCGAUAUGAAAGCCAAUGGACGUGAGUGGGACUGCGGUGAACCUGUGUUUGGUCCGCCUGAUCAGGUGAAUACAGGUACAUCCGAACAACUGCAGCGACUGGAUCAGCUUUAUAGGGAGAUGCUUCGCUACGCAGAGCUGGAGCGGAAGGUCCAAGAGGAAGAAGACUUUAUCAGCAAUCUUGCUAUCCUGAAGACUCUCAAGACGAGCGACGAACCCGCACCCCGGAACGGCCAGUCCAAGGCGCGGAAGCAGCAGAGAUCCAAUAUCGACUCGGAUGCUGUGGAUUCACCGGGGCCUAGCCCAGGAGACGGGCGCGCGGAGUUGAUAAAACGAGUCAAGGGGACAUCCCAACGUAGCUCCAGUACAGCGAGCCAGAAUCGAGCACCAUCGGCCAUCAGGGACGACAGCGUUGAGACAAACGUGGGACUUCAGGCCGAAAGAACAGGGCAACUGAAGCCUGAAGUGGAAGUCUUCUACAAAUAUCCCGACCUCAAGAUCCCCAAAGACACCAAGGACCAAAAGGCACAAGAUGAACUUGAAGGCGUGGGUAUCCAUGUCAUCAUCAAGAAGGUGCUACAGGACAGAAAGCCCGUUCAAUACGACGUGAGGGACCCAGAGGUCGAUGCCUCCUCGGGCAAGCCAACCUCGCGGCGGGUGCUUGCGAAGAAUCUCCUGCCCAUCCCGAAAGAUAACCCGACGAUCCAAUAUUUCAAGGACGGCACGAGUGUGUACGCCAAGUAUCCCUAUACCGACACAUUCUACAAAGCCACGGUCCAGAGUUUCAAGAAACCCAACUACAGCUUGAGCUUUGACGACGACGAUCAGGGCCUCCAGACCGUUGAGGGCCGUUUUGUCUUUGAGAACAAGGACACCAAGGACAACAAGCCGAGAGACAGCAAGCCGAAGAACUAA